ACCAUGGACAAUUCUGCUGUAAUCAUAGACAACGGCUCGGGUAUCUGCAAAGCAGGGAUAGCCGGGGACAAUGCCCCAAGGUCGGUUAUUACAUCCAUCGUCGGACGUCCCAAAGCCAAGGCAGCAAUGCUUGGGGCUGGUCACAAGGAGUACUAUGUCGGGGAAGAAGCUCAAGCUAAGAGGGGCGUCUUGAGUUUGAAAUAUCCAAUUAAACAUGGCAUAGUGACCUGCUGGGACGAUAUGGAAAAGAUCUGGAGACAUGUAUAUGAUUGUGAACUCCGCUUAAAAUCACACGAAAGGCCAGUGCUUUUGACCGAAGCCCCUCUGAAUCCCUUACAUAACCGAGAGACCAUGACCGAGAUGAUGUUUGAAAGUUUCAAGGUGCCCGCAAUGUACGUGGCUGUCCAGGCUGUCUUAGCUCUCUACGCUUCAGGGCGGACCACUGGCUUGGUUAUGGACAGUGGAGAUGGCGUGACUCACACCGUUCCCAUCUACGAAGGCUACUGCCUCCCACAUGCUGUCUACAGGUUCGACCUAGCUGGCAAAGACAUCACACAAUACUUCGUCAGGAUCUUGAUGGAAGUUGGCCAUUCCUUCAUCUCCUCUGCAGAGAGGGAAAUUGUGAAGGACAUCAAGGAGAAACUAUGCUAUGUGGCCGUUGAUCCACACUUGGAGAUGAGGAAGAAGCGAGAGGACAUCCAGAAGGAAUACAAGCUGCCUGAUGGAAAUGUGAUACAGGUCCAUAGCCAGCUUUUCAGAGCCCCGGAGAUACUUUUUUCUCCUGCCAGCGUGGGCGUUGAAUGUCAGGGUGUUCACAGGCUGGUCUUCAAAAGCAUCUUGAAAUGUGACAUCGAUCUGCGGAAGUAUCUCCAUUCAAACGUGCUACUCUCGGGCGGCUCCACGCUCUUCCCAGGUCUGGAUUUUCGGCUGCUGAAGGAGCUUCAGUUGCUGGCUCCUGCUGGAGUCCCGGUGAAAGUCAUCGCCCCUCCAGAGAGGAAGUACUCCGUUUGGAUUGGGGCUUCCAUCCUAACGUGCUUAACUUCCUUUCAAGAAAUGUGGAUUACGGCUUGCGAGUAUCUGGAGAUGGGAUCGUGUGUGGUUCACAGAAAAUGUUUCUAG